AUCGCGGUUGGGCUUGGGAUGCGAAAUUCGCGUAGAAAUUGAUUGUUAAAGUGAAAAGUUUAUUAGUUAAAGUGUAAACAAACUAAAUUUAUCAAAAUGAUGCGUAGAUUAAUUGCAUGUAAUCGCCUGGGCAGCAGAAACCCAACGUUCAAGCUCAUUGCCUGCUAUUCAACCUCGGGUAAACAGCGCCAGGGCAAAAUCUACGAGUCGGCCAGCGAUGCGGUGGCCGAUGUUAAGGAUGGCUCAAAAAUACUCUUUGGCGGCUUUGGCAUAUGCGGCAUACCCGAAAAGAUGAUCGAUGCCCUCAAGCAGAAGGGCGUCAAGAAUAUUACAGCUGUGUCCAACAAUGGCGGUGUUGACGACUGUGGCUUGGGCGUGCUAAUUAAGCAGAAGCAACUUUCCAAAAUAAUUGGCUCGUAUGUGGGCGAAAAUACUGAUCUGGUGCGUCAGUACCUGGGCGGUGAGCUAGCCGUAGAGUUGACGCCUCAGGGCACCUUGGCGGAGAAGAUACGCGCAGGUGGUGCUGGCAUUCCCGCCUUCUUCACGCCCACUGGCUAUGCAACGCUGGUGCAGCAGGGCGGCGCACCCAUCAAGUAUGACAAAAAUGGAAAGGUGGAUGUUGCCAGCGUAGAAAAACCCGUGCAGUCCUUCAAUGGUCGCAAUUAUGUCAUGGAGGAGUCCAUUUUCGCUGACUUUGCCUUCGUCAAGGCACAAAAAGCUGAUCCGUUAGGCAACCUUGUGUUUAACAAGUCUGCGCGCAACUUCAAUGCGCCCAUGUGCCGUGCCGCAAAGAUUACUGUAGCCGAAGUGGAGGAAAUUGUGCCUGUGGGUGCCCUUUCGCCAGACGAAAUUCACGUGCCUGGCAUUUAUGUCAAGCGCAUCUUCAAGGGCACCAACUACAACAAGCGCGUUGAGCGUUUGCGGAUUACAGAGCCCAAGGAGAACGGCAAACCCGCUGCCGAGCCCACUCCUGCCCAGCUCCUGCGCGAACGGAUCGCUCGUCGUGUGGCACUGGAGUUCCGUGAUGGCAUGUACGCUAAUCUGGGUAUUGGCAUUCCAGUACUCUCAUCCAACUACAUACCGGAGGGCAUGAACGUUAUGUUGCAGUCGGAGAACGGCAUCUUGGGCCUGGGUCCGUUUCCCACCAAGGACAAAGUUGAUCCCGAUUUGAUCAAUGCGGGCAAGGAGAGUGUCACUGUACUGCCAGGCGCUGCUUAUUUUGGCUCGGAUGAGAGCUUUGCCAUGAUUCGUGGCGGACACGUUGACCUGACCAUUUUGGGCGCCAUGGAGGUGUCGGCAACAGGAGAUUUGGCCAACUGGAUGAUACCCGGUAAGCUGGUAAAGGGCAUGGGUGGCGCCAUGGAUCUGGUCGCAGCACCCGGCACCAAAGUAAUUAUUACCAUGGAGCACAAUGCACGCGAUGGCUCACCAAAGAUCCUGGAGAAUUGUUCGCUGCCGCUGACAGGCAAGGAAGUCAUCGAUUUGAUUAUCUCGGAGAAGGCAGUGUUUCAAGUGGAGAAGGGCGUCGGCAUGACAUUGCUGGAAUUUGCCGAGGGCUACACCGUGGAUGACAUAGUAGCCUGCACUGGCGCCAAGUUUACUGUCUCGCCGAAUGUUAAGCAAAUGGCACAAAUUGGUUGCAAUUAGAAGGCUAUUUAGAAAUACUUGUGCGGUACUCAGGUGAUAUAUUUGUGCAUUUAUUGUUAUUGAACGUUAAACAAUAUUCGUUUUUAUUACCAUUAAAGUGUAAAGAUGUUUAUUGAA